GUGACACCUGCAUUUCCGUGGCUCCCUCCUCUUCCCCCCACCCUAUAUGUUUAUCUCCUCGCUUUCCAGAUGUUCCUUUUAAUCAGGCUGUCGCUUCUUGCGUGUGGAAAAGCACUUCACGUGGAGCAGGAGACGGGUUUCAGACCUGGGCCUUACCACUCUUAACGUUGAAGUCCCCGAGCCUCAGUUUCACCCAGAGUAUUUUUGCCUUGCCUCACCUGGUUUUGAGGAUCAGUAUGACGGAGAGAGAGGAAAUGGACAUUUAUUGAGUUCCUCCAUGGCCAAGUACCAUGCAGACUGCUUUAUCAGCCACGUUUAAUUUUCAUUACUUGGUGUUCCUAGAGCUCCCAUUUCACAGUUCUUAAGCUCACAGAGGUUAACUGACCUGGUCUCACAUAGCUGGUGAGUGAGUAGCAGGGAGGGAGUCGGACCUAGCUAUUUAGCUCCAAGGCGAAGUUCUCCUCAGACACUUCCCAUGUCUGGGCUCAGCCAAACCCUAGCCCCAAAGCAGCUGCUUCCUAUUUCUUUGGCUGAGAAUUCUCCCUUUCAGGUUCCUUUUUUUCAGCAGAGCGCUCUGCUCUGCUUCUGCCUUGAUUACUUCCGAAAUGAAAUGCAGCAAACAUUUAUUGAGUGGUGCCGAGAGAUUAACUUUUGGAGUCAAAAGCCUUGGAUUCUUGUCCUGGCUCUGCCACUAAUUGGCUGCGUGGUAUUGAACAAGUCCCUUGUCUUCUCUGAGCUUUAGCUUCCCUUUGCAUAAAAUGGGUGAGUGCCCUCUGACCAGAAGGAUCUUGUCCCGUUUUCCCUCCCUGUCCUCCAGCAGGCUCUGCGUGGACGCCCAGACCCCUCUGCUCCCCAUGGGCAACUGCCAGGCAGGGCACAACCUGCAUCUAUGUCUGACCCACCACCCACCUCUGGUCUGUGCCACCUUGAUCCUGCUGCUUCUUGGCCUCUCUGGCCUGGGUCUUGGUGGCUUCCUCCUUACCCACAGGACUGGCCUGCGCAGCCCUGACAUCCCUCAGGACUGGGUCUCCUUUUUUAGAUCUUUUGGCCAGCUGACCCUGUGCCCCACGAAUGGGACAGCCACAGGGAAGUGGCAAGAGUCUCACGUCGUGGGCUUACUGACCACCUUGAACUUCAGAGAUGGUCCAGACAGGAACAAAACCCAGACAUUCCAAGCCACAGUCCGGGGUAGUCAGAUGAGAUUGAAAGGAUCCUUUGCUGAAAAGAUGGUCCUCAUCACAGCCAGGGUGAACAAAGAAAGGACCCUAGGAACCUGCCUAUAUUUUAGUGCUGCCCCAGGAAUCCUGCCUACCAGCCAGCCACCCAUAUCCUGCUCUGAGGAGGGGGCGGGAAAUGCCACACUGAGCCCUAGGAUGGGUGAGGAGUGUGUCAGGGUCUGGAGUCACGAAGGCCUUGUGCUUACCAAGCUGCUCACCUCGGAGGAGCUGGCUCUGUGUGGCUCCAGACUGCUGGUCUUGGGCUCCUUCCUGCUUCUCUUCUGUGGCCUUCUCUGCUGUGUCACUGCUGUGUGCUUCCACCCGCGCCGGGAAUCCCACUGGUCUAGAACCCGGCUCUGAGGGCACUGGCCUAGUACCCACCAUGUUCAGGUGUGAAUCAACUUCUGGGGCCUUGGUUAUGAGUUGAAAGCAAUGUUACAAAAAGUGAAGAGCUGGAAUGUGGGGGAAAUAAAAGGCUUGUUUUCCCAGA